AUGGACCCCGCGCCCGAUCCACUCUCUAUCUCCGCCUCCGCCCCGUUCCCCACCAUCCCGGCUGCCUCAGGCCCCAGGCCCCGCGCCGCGAGGACGACGCGGCGCCACGCCGCGCCCUUCCGGUCGGACCACCCCGCCGCCUCCGCGAGCCGGCGCUCCGGGAUCGAUCUCCCGCGCCGUCCUGCAGCCCCCGCCUUCUCCCAGCAGGAGGGUUCUCUUUCCGUGGGCUCCUGGGGCGCCUCUCGCGACGCCACCUUUGUGUUCGGGAGUGGCGUGGUGGCCGGGGCGCCGGAGAUGAGGAGGAGCUUCUCGUCCGGAUCCGGUGAGGCAUCGUUGGCUGAACUUUCGGACGCAGUUCACAGGCUCUCGUUGGAUGGUUAUGGCAGGCGAAGCGACAUUGAUGCUCCCGGAGGAGAUGAUACGCUUCCAGUGACGGACUCCGGUGAUCGCUUUCGGGCCCGUGGAUGCAUCUCCACUUUGUAUGAGGGUUUCUGUCUGGAUUCUAUUCAGCAUCAGACUGAGCAGCUAGAUGAAGGACGUGGAGUCCCGUCUCAAACCAUGCAAUGCGAGAGUGUGGGGAUGCGAUCAUUAGCUUCACCAACCUGCACUGAUGAGAAUGCUCCCAUUGAAUUUGCAAGGAGCGAGGGCAGCUUGCCCAUUCGAGAUUCUGUGGAAGAAAGUAGAAAUUCUGGACAUUGUGGUAAUGCCCACCAUGAUUUCUUUGUUUUUGGUGGACAUGCUGGGUACCGUAGCUUGGCUACCAAUGCAACUGAAACUAAUAUCGGUGAGGUACAUUCAGCUGACAAAGAAAGUGUAACAUGCAACUCUGAACAGCUAAAUCCUUCAGUUGCUAAAGAUAGAACUUUCACCAAGUUCAUUUUGCAGGAUGCAAAGCAUGUGUUUGGUUCAAGUGAUAACGAUCUUCCACGCUCGGAACCUUGUGAAAUUUCUACCAUGGUGGAAACAUCGGAUACUGUAACCUCUAGCUUUGGAUCUGAAGACGGGAUCGUGAAGGUUUCUUCCAUAAAGGUGCCUUGGGAUAUUGAAGCAGUAGCAGCCUCAGAACUUGUUGAAUGUCGGCCAUCAUUUGAUGAGAAAUCUUUCACUUUUGACGACCACAAUGUAGCAUCUAGGAACAAAGGAGGGGUUAAGGGUAUGAGCAUGAAGAGCAGAACUUUUAUGCCAAAGAAGUCCUCAGCCAACCAGGCUUCUUCCUUGGAAUCAGUCUCAAGAAGUGGCCAUUGUUCCGGAGAAGUGUCUCCUGAAGAAAAGUUAAAUUUGAAAGAAGCCAGUAGCUUGGUAUCAGAGGACUCUGGAAUCAACUGUGCCCAAGCUGAUUCUAUCAACAAUUUGCGAACAACAGAAAGUGGGCAUGCUGAAACAGAGUUUACCUCUGCAGCAAACACAGAGCAUUCUGGUAAAUCUGAUUUCAUAUUUUCUGCAUCAACUUUCAACCAAAGCAUGUUGCACUCACAAAGACGACAUACCAAGAAAAAAAGUGGAGGAAUGGGUAAUCAUGCUAGCUCUAUUCAAAGCCUCCCUUCAUCCGCCGUUGGACUUGCAUGUUCAGAAGUCUCAGGAAGUCAGCAAUGUGUGGAUUUAGCUGCCCAGUGGACUGAAUUCAGCAAAAUAGAACCUAACAGGGUUACAAUCAGCAGAGGAGCCGAAUGCUCAACAUCAAAAAACUUUGGAGACCAUGACAAUUGUGAAACAUGGCGAUUAAGGGGAAACCAAGCAUAUGCAGAAGGACAGUUAACUAAGGCUGAAGAAUGCUAUACCCAUGGGAUUGAUUCUUUUUCCCCGAAUGAAGUUUCAAGAAAAGCAUUAAUGCUGUGCUACAGCAAUCGAGCAGCUACUCGGAUGUCUCUGGGUAAGAUGAGAGAGGCCCUAUCUGAUUGUCGAGCAGCUAUUGAUAUUGAUUCCAGCUUUCUCAAAGCACAAGCCAGAGCCGCCAACUGCCUACUUGCCCUGGGGGAUGUUGAAGAAGCACGAAAGGCUUUUGAGAUGUGUUUGAAGUCUAAUCAUCUAUCAAGCUUGGACCAUAAAAUUGUAGAUGAGGCUUCUGAUGGUCUACAAAAAGCUAAGAAAAUAUCUGGUUUAAUUAUUGAAUGCAAGGAGUAUCUUAUAAAGAAGGCAUUUGACAAGAUACCCAGUGCCUUACAAAUGAUCUCUGAUGCUUUGUCCAUAAGUAUUUAUUCAGAUGAGUUCAUGGCGAUGAAAGCAGAAGCACUGUUACUGUUGCAGCGAUAUGAAGAAGUAAUUCGGUUUUGCGAAGAAACUCUUUAUGUAGCAGAAAGGAAUAGUGUGUGUUUGUGUCUUGACAAGCAUUCAGAAAGCAAUAACUUGGACAACAAUACUUGCUCUGUGAAGUUGUGGCGUUAUCAUCUUAUUGCUAAGUCAUAUUUCUUCCUUGGAAAGCUUGAAGAGGCUAACCAGUUCUUAAAGAAGAAUGAUCAAAUAAAAGUCAUGGGAUGCAGGUGUGGGAAGCAAUCUCAGGACUCAAUUUUAUCACUCCCCAUGGUUAUCUCUGAACUACUGCGGCUUAAAGCUGCUGGCAAUGAAGCAUUCCAAUCUGGUAAAUAUUUGGAGGCUGUGGAACAUUAUACUGCUGCUUUGAUGAGCAAUAGCGAGUCACUACGCUUUUUAGCAGUCUGCUUUUGUAACCGUGCAGCAGCAUAUCAAGCAAUGGGUCAAAUUUUAGAUGCAAUUGCAGAUUGCUCACUGGCUAUAGCCCUUGAUCCAGAUUAUGCUAAGGCUAUUUCCAGAAGAUCUAGCUUGUAUGAACUUAUAAGGGACUAUGGUCAAGCAGAAAAUGAUCUCCGUAGGUUGAUUGCUCUUCUUGAGAAACAACUGCAAGAAAAUAUGACCAUGCCACUAGAGAAGACUCUGAGUAUUCGUAACAAUCUGAAUCGAGCCAAUCUUCGGUUUUCUUCUCUGGAUCGGGAUGCCAGAAAAGGGGCUUCAUUAAAUAUGUAUUUGAUAUUAGGAAUCGAGCCUUCUUCCUCUGCUGUGGAUAUAAAGAAGGCAUACCGCAAAGCAGCACUAAGACAUCAUCCAGACAAAGCCAGUACAUUUCUUGUCAGGAGUGAAAAUAUCAGCGAUGCUGUAUGGAGAGAGAUAACAAAUGAAAUCCGCAGGGAUGCUGAUUAUUUAUUCAAAAUAAUUGGAAAGGCAUAUGCUAUGCUUUCAGACCCUACAACGCAAAAACUGAAGAGGGCAAAGAAGGGAAGGGAGCACAGAAAGCAAAUACGGGAACCAAAGAAUGGAAGAACAGAGUAUGGACACUGGUUUCGGCAGAGCUGUGGGCAGCAGGAAGCCUGGUGUGGUGUAGGCAUGGCCAGACAGCAGUUUAAAAAGGAUAUGGAAGGGGUGGAAUGGGGAGGAAGAGAACAAGAGAGAAGAAUGUUCAAUAUUUCAAUAAUAACAUUGCCAUUUGUGAGCAUCAACAUUUCUGCUAUGGCUGUUGGUUUUCUGUGUACAUUUGCCCAUCAAGACUGCAGAUUACAUGAACAUCAGCACCCGUGCAAAAGGCUAGGUGUUGUUUGUAAAGCUGAUGUCAAUAUAUCUGAUGUUGUGCUUAGUAUCUUGGAGCAGUCCGAGUGGAAUCAACAAGAGUGA